GAACAACAAGAUGGGAAUUACAAAUAUUCUUUAAUUCAUAAGUAUCAAAAUAGUUCCGAGUUCUUGUUUGUUUUGAAUUCUGAGGCAUGUAUGGGUUAAGUAUCACAGAAUUUUAUUAAUUCCAUAGAUAAUGGCAGACCAAAACCGUCAAGCUGGUGACACUGGCCCACCUAAAGGCAUACCAGCAUUAAAAGCUCACGUGAUCGCAAAUAAAAUAGAUGUGGCCCUCUGGGGAAUACGACUGCUCACAGUACUUUGCACAAUAGGAUAUGUUUUUCCUUUAUUCAAUAACCCAGUGUCUGCAUACUACAAGGCGUUACUUGGAAAUGCUGCGACUUCAGCUCUGCGGUUACAUCAGCGCAUACCGGCGCACGAGAUCUCCCUCUCGAGGGAGUUCAUGGUUCGGUUCUUCCUGGAAGACAGCGCGCAUUAUCUAUUCUACUCACUGAUACUGAUGAAUGUCGCACCAAAUUUGUUGAUUCUGACGCCGAUAUUUUUAUUCGCUCUUCUUCAUGCCGCAUCUUAUUCAUUGACCAUCCUUGACACAUUGGGUCAAAACUCUAUGUGGGUGGCUCGCUUGCUCAUCUCACUGGUGGAGUUCCAGUCGCGGAACAUUCUGCGCGCGGCGGCCCUCGCUGAAAUAGUACUGUUCCCGCUCAUAGUGAUAAUGGCCUUCUUUGGUUACUGUAGUUUGUUGACGCCAUUCGUGUACUACUACUUCAUAACGUGGCGGUACGCAUCCCGCCGUAACCCUUACACGCGGAACACGUUCCGCGAGCUGCGCGUGUUAGUGGAACGUAACGCUGAACGUCCCUCGUUGCCGGCGGCAGUCAAAUCGGCGCUGCUCUCCGGUGUACAGCUCGUGUGCCGCAUGGCACCGCCCAUGGAACAUGUUCAGCAACAGUGAGUAUUAUACAUACUUCAUGACGUGGCGGUACACAUCCCAUCGUAACUCUUACACGCGGAACACGUUCCGUGAGUUCCGCAUGUUAGUAGAACGUAACGCUGAAAGAUCUUCGCUGUCGACGGCGAUCAAGGC